GCCCAGAAAGGAGAGAAGGGAGAGCCUGCUGUCCUUGAACCUGGCAUGUUGAUUGAAGGACCACCUGGACCAGAAGGACCAGCAGGUCUCCCUGGCUCCGCUGGCCCCCAGGGACCCCCUGGUUCUGUUGGUGAUCCUGGUGAGAGGGGUCCUACCGGUAAAGCUGGUCUACCUGGAGCAGACGGGGUCCCAGGACCUCCUGGAACUUCUGUCAUGCUUCCUUUCCGUUUUGGACAGAGUGCUGGUGGAAAAAAAGGGCCCAUUGCCUCGGCACAGGAGGCCCAAGCUCAAGCCAUCCUGUCUCAGGCUCGACUGGCUAUGAAAGGCCCACCAGGGCCAAUGGGUUUCACCGGUCGUCCAGGACCUACGGGAACACCUGGAAGUCCUGGCUUACGGGGAGAAAGCGGGGACCCUGGUCCUCAGGGCCCCAGAGGUCCUCAAGGAUUGUCUGGUCCUCCUGGUAAAUCUGGGUCGGAGGGUGAGUCCACUACAGGUCGGGCUGGUGCUGAUGGAGCCAGAGGGAUGCCAGGAGAGCCUGGAAUUAAGGGCGACCGUGGCUUUGAUGGCCUUCCUGGUUUGCCUGGUGACAAGGGUUAUCGUGGUCAAACUGGAGGAAUGGGACCCAUAGGACCCCCUGGAGAGGAUGGAGAAAGGGGAGACGAUGGAGACAUUGGACCUAGAGGUCUUCCCGGCGAACCGGGCCCCCGUGGGUUGCUGGGGCCUAAAGGGCCUUCUGGUCUUCCUGGACCUCCUGGUGUUCGUGGAAAUGAUGGUCCACAUGGUCCAAAAGGAAGCUUGGGGCCUCAAGGAGAGCCUGGUCCUCCAGGACAGCAGGGGGCUCCAGGAACACAGGGAAUGGCAGGUCCACAGGGUGCUAUUGGACCACCAGGAGAGAAAGGGCCCACAGGAAAGCCUGGUCUACCAGGAAUGCCCGGAGCUGACGGUCCUCCAGGUCAUCCUGGAAAGGAAGGCCCCGGUGGAACCAAAGGAAAUCAGGGUCCUAAUGGUCCUCAGGGGUCUAUUGGCUAUCCUGGCCCUCGGGGAAUUAAGGGAGCUCAAGGUAUCCGUGGACUGAAGGGCCAUAAGGGAGAGAAGGGAGAGGAUGGAUUCCCUGGAGUCAAAGGAGACUUUGGUGUAAAGGGAGAGAGGGGAGAGGUGGGAGUGCCUGGCCCAAGAGGAGAGGACGGUCCCGAGGGGCCGAAGGGGCGUGUCGGUCCCCCUGGUGAACUUGGUCCUAUUGGCCUGGUGGGAGAGAAGGGUAAACUUGGUGUGCCUGGCCUGCCUGGAUAUCCCGGAAGGCAAGGAAUUAAGGGCUCCCUAGGUUUCCCAGGAUUCCCUGGUGCUAAUGGCGAGAAAGGCGCGAGGGGUUUGACUGGAAAACUUGGACCAAGAGGACAGAGAGGGCCGACAGGUCCCAGAGGGCAGAGAGGACCCCGUGGGGCAACAGGAAAACCAGGUGCCAAGGGUGGAUCUGGCAGUGACGGGCCUUCUGGACCACCUGGGGAGAGAGGACUAACUGGACCUCAAGGUCCAAAUGGAUUCCCUGGGCCGAAGGGACCUCCUGGACCUCCAGGGAAAGAUGGACUGCCUGGACACCCUGGACAAAGAGGCGAAGUUGGUUUCCAAGGCAAAACUGGACCACCUGGACCACCAGGAGUUGUUGGACCACAGGGUCCCUCUGGUGAGACUGGACCGAUGGGAGAGCGUGGUCACUCAGGACCCCCAGGACCACCUGGGGAGCAAGGUCUUUCUGGGCCUUCUGGUAAAGAGGGAACCAAAGGAGAUCCCGGUCCCUCCGGUGGCCCCGGUAAAGACGGACCCCCUGGACUGAGAGGAUUCCCAGGAGAGAGAGGACUGCCAGGAACCCCAGGCACUGGAGGACUGAAAGGAAAUGAAGGCCCUGCUGGACCACCUGGACCUGCUGGAUCACCUGGGGAGAGAGGAGCAGCUGGCACCGCAGGUCCUGUCGGCCCCCCUGGACGACCUGGACCUCAGGGGCCCCCUGGAGCUUCGGGAGAGAAGGGAGUGCCAGGAGAGAAAGGUCCUAUUGGUCCAGGUGGUCGUGACGGCAUCCAAGGCCCAGUUGGUCUCCCAGGCCCUGCUGGACCUCCAGGUACUGCUGGAGAGGAUGGAGACAAGGGUGAGGUUGGAGAGCCAGGACAAAAGGGCAGUAAAGGAUCCAAGGGAGAACAUGGUCCUCCUGGUCCACCCGGGCCAAUGGGUCCUGUUGGACAGCCUGGUGCAGCUGGUGCUGAUGGUGAGACAGGUGCUAGAGGUCAACAGGGACCAUUUGGCGCUAAGGGAGAUGAAGGGACAAGAGGGUUCCCAGGACCUCCAGGCCCCAUCGGACUGCAGGGUUUGCCAGGCCCAGCUGGAGAAAAAGGAGAGACGGGAGAUGUUGGUCCAUUGGGUCCUCCUGGUCCCCCAGGUCCACGUGGUCCAGCUGGUCCCAAUGGUGCUGAUGGUCCUCAAGGUCCUCCAGGAGGUUUGGGUAAUCCAGGUCCCAUUGGAGAGAAGGGUGAGCCGGGUGAAUCCGGACCACCUGGAGUCGGAGGAGAGCCAGGAAAAAUGGGCCCGAGAGGAGAGCGUGGUGAGAAGGGAGAGGCUGGGCAGCCGGGCACAUCUGGUCCUCCUGGUGGAAAAGGACCCCAUGGAGAUGACGGACCCAAAGGAAACCCUGGUCCUGUUGGUUUCCCUGGUGAUCCCGGUCCCCCUGGUGAAGUUGGACCACGAGGCCAAGAUGGUGCAAAGGGAGACAGAGGAGAGGAUGGAGAACAAGGAGAAGCUGGUUCACCUGGACCAACCGGUGAGAACGGACCACCUGGACCUCCAGGAAAGAGAGGUCCUCCAGGCACAAGGGGACCGGAGGGUCGUCAGGGAGAGAAAGGAAGCAAGGGGGAUUCAGGUGCCCUUGGCCCUCCAGGAAAGACCGGCCCCGUGGGGCCACAGGGUCAGCCAGGAAAGCCAGGAACUGAGGGUCUAAGAGGGUUGCCUGGAACAGUGGGUGAGCAAGGUUCUCCCGGUGCUGCUGGCCAGAAGGGACCUCCUGGACCAAUGGGUCCUCCAGGUUUGGCAGGUCUUCGUGGUGACCCCGGUGCUAAGGGUGAGAAGGGACAUCCAGGUAUGCUUGGUCUGAUUGGGCCUCCAGGAGAACAAGGAGAGAAGGGAGACCGAGGCAUGCCUGGACCUCAGGGAUCUUCAGGAUCCAAGGGAGAAACGGGUAUGCCUGGAGGAACUGGUCCUCUUGGUCCUGCAGGUCCUGCUGGUAUGCCUGGUCCGAGGGGUAUCAAAGGAGCUAAAGGUGCCACUGGCGGAGGUGGUCCUAAAGGAGAAAAGGGUGUACAAGGACCACCAGGACCACCUGGACCCCCUGGAGAUGUCAUCCAGCCGCUGCCCAUUCAGAUCCCUAAGAAGUCCAAGCGCUCCGUCGACGGCAGUAAGAUGCUCUCUGAGAGUGACGCAGAGGCAGCCGACGGCACGGGCGCAGAGUUCCUGACCCGUAACGAAGGAAUGGAGGAGAUCUUCGGCUCGCUCAAUUCCCUGCGCCAGGACAUCGAGAGCAUGCGCUUCCCGCUGGGAACACAGGAAAGCCCCGCCCGCACCUGCCAGGACCUCCACCUCAGCCAACCAGAUCUGAAAGACGGCGAGUACUGGAUUGAUCCGAAUCAAGGCUGUGCUCGGGACUCGUUCAAGGUUUACUGUAACUUCACUGCUGGAGGAGAGACAUGCUUGUAUCCCAGCAAAGCUGUGGAAAAUGUGAAGAUGAACACUUGGCCAGAGGAGAAGCCUGGGUCCUGGUUUAGUCAGUUUGCAAAGGGCAGCAAGUUUUCAUAUGUUGACUGGAGUGGAGAGCCUGUGGGUAUUGUCCAGCUGGGAUUCCUGCGGUUGCUCAGUGUUCAGGCUCGUCAAAACCUGACCUACCACUGCCAGCGAUCAGUGGCCUGGGCGGACCUCACUGCCGACGGCGGCUACAAGAGGGCGCUACACUUCCAGGGUGCUAACGAUGAAGAGCUCAGCUACGAGACCAGCCCCUACAUCAAAGCCCUCGUCGACGGCUGCUCUUAUCGUAAAGGCUUGGACAGGACAGUGCUGGAGGUGAACACACCUCAGGUGGAGCAGCUCCCUCUGCUGGACAUCAGGGUCUCAGACUUUGGGGAGGACAAUCAGAAAUUUGGUUUUGAAGUGGGACCUGUCUGUUUCCUGGGAUAAACACACACAUGCUGAGGGCAAGGGGAAUACAAUCACCGAUACAAACAAGUACACAGACACUCAUUAAUCAUGCACUUAAAACCUACACAUAAUUAUUACCACAUAGAGAUGUGCCAACACUAAUAAAGACAUUUGAAAUCACGUGUAACAAGUGGGUACACACAUAGAUUCACACACAUACACACAUGCACACACACACACACACACAUUGUUGUGAAACAAAGUUGCACACAAAGUACACGCCCAGGGAAAAACACUCCCAGCAACAGAGGAGAAGAGAGCCAUUCUCGCAGGAGAGAAGAAGAUGUUCUGUGUUAGUGCAGAUACUGCUGGCCUAAAGCGGAAGACCCUCCUGUUUCGGCCCCCUCUCUCUCCUACAGAUCCCCUCCCCACUGUUCCUCUUCCGAGACGUCCCACUCUUCCUACCUCCAUGCCUGAUCGCUCCCAAAUAGUCCUGUGCGAAGCUUCCUUCCUUACAUUAACAGAAUAGAAUGAUCUGCAGGUGCAACAUUUAAACUGAGGAACGGAAGCCGAGCGUGAAAGUUCCAUUAGAACCAUUUCAAAUCACACCAGCAACUGUCAUCAGCAUACACAACCAAAAGCCAUUUACAGUGUGAAAUUGUAUUGAAUUUGAUGUCCUUAUAGAACGAUAAAAUUUAAGAAUUUUCGAUAUUUUUGUUCAUGCUGUGAACAUGCUGCCAAUUUACCAGUCCAGUAUUUUUUGGUGAACGGAUAUAAGCUGGUUAUUGUUCCAUUACAGAGCUUUUUUUUUUUUUGGACACACUUUCAACAUUGUGCUAUUUUGACCCGCCGCAAACCCAUGGGUUUGUGACCUUUGACCUUUUGUGUGGACAGUGUUCAGGCUGGAAUUGUGCAUGCGAACCAUUUGUACAGAAAUAUUUUAUUGUAUUUAUUUUGUGAAACAAACAGGUGCUCACAAGAAAAUGUCCAACACUUGCAGUCCAAAAUAAUGUGGUAUUCAUCUGUAGUUUUUUCAUCUAUUAAAUAUGUAAAUUAAACCCCAGAAAGCAAAUCUGCCUUCUCUGUAUGAUAUAUAUAUAUAUAUAUGUGUACACUUGGUGAUAUCAGCUCUUGCUGCAUUAUUUCAGUGCGUUUACGUCACAGCUUGAGGUUUAGGAGAGUUUGGUGCAGGUGGAGACCGAAACGACCGAAAUGUCUCGAGAUUCAGACAGCAGUGGAGAAGGGACAGGAAGAGGAAGGAGAGGGAAGGAAACUGAUGGUGGUUUGUUUUUUUUAUGUAUAUUUUUUGUUUCUUUUUUAAAACAUGGCGAGGGGAAUGAAAAGCUAUAAAAAGUAUUUGUGAAUUAAAAGUUGUUUGUGUGGUUUACUCUCAAGGACAAUACUGCGAGGAUUGUUUUUGUCGGUGAAAGACAAACAUCUGUCUUAUAAAAUAUGGUGCUAAAACGUGUUCUAUGUAAGUACUUCAGAAUCUGUUUGUGUAAUAUAUAAUCUAUUUAAAGAGC